AUGGAAGACCCUGAAGCAGACACAGAAUGGAAUGAUAUUUUACGUGCUCGUGGUAUACUUCCACCAAAAUCAGGACCAACAGAAGAAGAAAUAUUUGAGGAACUUGAUAAAGAAAUUCGAGAUAAACAUGAUAAACAUUUAGAAGAUAAAAGUCUAGAGGAACUUGAUGAAUUGGAAGAUGAAGAAGACGAAAGAAUUUUAAUGGAAUACCGUAAGAAGAGAAUAGCUGAAAUGAAAGCUGAAGCAAUUCGUGGAAAAUUUGGACAAGUUAUACAAAUUUCUAAAACAGAUUUUGUUAAAGAUGUCACAGAAACUAAUCAAUGCAUACCAAAUUAUCCUGAUAAAAAUCUACCUACUUUAUUAAUUUAUCAUAAUGGAGAUUUAGCACAACAAUUGGUUGGAUUAUCAACAUUAGGUGGUAUUAAUAUGAAAUUAGAAGCAUACCUUUCGUCAGUGGAUGCAAUUGAAGAGGUGUUAAAAUGA